CCGCCCUGUGCACCUCUGAAAACCCGCCUCCUGCGUGCGUCACACGUCCGUCAAUCGACGUCAGAGUGUCUGCAGGUGCUCAGAGAAGUGCAGCAUUGGCGUAACUGGCGUUUAAAACACAUCUCUCGCGAUGGCCUCUGCUACAGAUAACCGUUAUGGACAAAAGGAGUCCUCCGACCAGAACUUUGAUUACAUGUUCAAGAUCCUGAUCAUCGGCAACAGCAGUGUAGGAAAGACCAGCUUUCUGUUUCGCUACGCAGAUGAUUCCUUCACUCCGGCUUUCGUGAGCACAGUGGGCAUUGACUUUAAAGUAAAGACCAUCUACAGAAACGACAAGAGGAUCAAGCUGCAGAUUUGGGAUACGGCAGGGCAAGAGCGCUACAGGACCAUCACUACAGCCUACUACAGGGGAGCCAUGGGCUUUAUCCUCAUGUACGAUAUCACUAACGAAGAAUCGUUUGCUGCUGUACAGGACUGGUCUACACAGAUAAAAACAUACUCAUGGGAUAAUGCCCAGGUGCUUCUGGUGGGCAACAAGUGUGACAUGGAUGAUGAAAGGGUGGUGGCUUCUGAAAGGGGACGACAGCUUUCUGAACACCUCGGCUUUGAGUAUUUUGAGGCCAGUGCCAAAGACAACAUCAAUGUAAAGCAGACCUUCGAGCGCCUGGUGGACAUCAUCUGUGAGAAGAUGUCAGAGAGCCUUGAUGCCGGUGACCCGGCCGUCACUGGAGCCAAACAGGGUCCUCAGCUCACCGAGCAGCCUGCUGCUCCACACCAGGACUGCGCUUGCUAAAAUGACCUCACCCACCUUCUCCAACUACACUGCCCUGCACUACCAUACACAGGAUCAAGGUAACAUAAUAAGGGUUAAAGGAAAAGAAAAUUCAAAACUAGCAGGUCCUCGAACAAUGAUAAUUAUUAUCUUUUGUUUUCUACCCAGAUCCCAAUUCAGUUUCCUUCUCAUAUCUCACUACACUAUCUUUGAUUUAUAAUUUCUUUUCAUUUUAGUCUUGGAGAGGGGAACGCCAUACUUUAAUAUUUUACUGCAAGAAGUUUGGCGAAGCACAAAUCACGUGUUCGCGUCUCUUCCCUAUGUGUGAAACUUUUACCUGGCCUUUAUGUGCCACUUUUACAUUUUUUAUUGAUUUUUUCCUUCAUAUAUUAUACCAUCGUCGUGCUCAACUUUUGUGAACUAAAAUACGAACAAAUACUAGGGGAGAACAUUCUGUAUAUUUAUUCCAAACAUGUAUAUAGACAAUGUGCAGUAUUUAAUACAGGUAUAGUACCAUAUAAAAUAUAUAUAUAUAUAAAUAUAUAUAUAUAAAUAUAUAGAUAUCAUUUUGAAAAAUGAGAAAUCAAAGAACUAUGACGAGAAACAUAGUCAUGUAAGGUUUUUUCGUGGUAAUCCUUUGCAUUGCUUGUCAGAACCUCUCGUGCAUAUUUGUAGUUCUUAAUCACAGUACCUUUAGUCACAGUUGCUGAAAGUCGGCUACACAUAGACAUUCCUCAGUGUAAAAUGCAUGGAAGGAAACGAAGCCAUUUAGGCCAAUAGUUUUAAGAUUCCGCACUGUCCGUCGUAGGUCUCGAAACGAAAGAACGCCCUUUUAGAAACCGCUAUGCGUGUUCAUACUCACAUCGCUGUAGCGACAGAACCUCCGCCUCUGCCCGUGUGACCAGUUCUAACCACAGCAUAACGUUAUCCGAUGUUCCUUAUUUCGAACUCGAUGCGAGUUUCAGAGAUGUUGCGAGCCCCAUUUCUGACCUUUUUUCUAAAUGUUUCUGUAAGCGGCUUGUCAUGGUGCAGAAAACGUAUUCUUUACAUGUUGUACUGAGGGAAUAAAAAAAAGACAUCCCAUGUAGUAAAUGUGCUCGUCAUGUCAUAUGACCGAUAGUCAGGACUGUUACUUAUUAUAGACUACGUAUUGGUACUGAGAAGAAAAGACUAUGAUGACAAACAAAACCAGAGCCCCCCCUUAUGACUUUUUGUUAUUUAAAUGCAUUUCUGUACAUUCUUAUAUUUAUAUAUAUAUAUAUAUAUAUAUAUAUAUAUAUAUAUAUAUAUAUAUAUAUAUAUAUAUGAGACCCAGUUUUCUUUUCUUUGCUAUGCUGUCUUCCUGAGAAAUGACUGUAAAUAUAUUUGAGUCUUUAGUUUUAUGUGUGAAUUGUGCUGUGACUUUGGGCUCAAAAACAAAAGAACAAAAAAAGAAGAGAUAUUUAAAGUAUGUGCUUUAUCUGCUCUGUGUAUGCUUGCUUGUGAAUGAAUGUGUCACUUUAUUACAAAGCAAUAUGAAGAAAAAAAAGGUUUUAAAGUAUUUAUUGUUUAAAUAUACCCCUCUAGAGAUAAAUAUCACAGGUUUAGGGUUUGGGCAAAGGAAAUCUCGUCACAAAGAUGGACAGAGAACGUGUUUACUAUGGAACUCAAAUGACUUCCAAUUCAGUUAAAGCAGAGCGAUCCAAAUUGAACACACACUGACCCUCAGAGACCAAACUGUGGAUUUACAAGCUGAUUCUUAGUGUCCUGGUCCUAUCACUUUUAGAAAGAUUAAAUAAUAUAACAAUUAAUAGUAAUUGUUUCACUGCUCAAAAAGACCUGCUUUUAUAUUCUUUCUUUCUUUUUUUCUUUUUUGUUUUUUUUUUUUGGGGGACGACUUAAAAUCCUGCACCAUUUGAUUUCAAUGCAUUGUUGUGUUUUUUCUACUUUUAUUUAUUUUUGUAAAUCUUCCUUUUUUCUAAUAUGGAAAUUCUGUAUACAUUCAAGUUGGAAGAAAAAAAAGAUCAAUGAACUAUUAUGCAGUAGUAAAUUAACUCUAAGUACAAUAAGGGGCAUGGUGUCAAAUGUUCAGUGGUGAAGUUUACCAAACCUACUGUGUAUGUUGUGGAAAUUACUGAAAUGAAAAAAAAUAAAUAAAUAAAGGUUUGUGCUGUUAAAAUAUC